GGACCAGUGACAUUAAAGGAUGUCAUUGUGGAAUUCACCAAGUCAGAAUGGAAGUUGCUGACACCUGCUCAGAAGACCCUUUACAAAGAUGUGAUGCUGAAGAACUACAGUCACUUGGUCUCAGUAGGUUAUCGUGGGGCAAAGUCAAAUGUGGUUUUGAAACUGAAGCAGGGAAAAGAGCCAUGGGUAUUAGAAGUAGAAAUUCCACGUCAGAGCCAUGUUGAAGAUCUAUGGAAUAUUCAUGACCAUGAAGCCAGAGACCAGGAAAGCCAAGAUGGAAAUUCAAGGAAAGAAGAAGUCACAAAACGUCGGAAAACUUAUAUCCAACAGGAAAGCUAUGAUUGUAAUGAAUGUGGAAAGUCCUUCUGCCAGAAGUCUUCCCUCAUAACACACCAGCGCACACAUACUGAGAAGGCUUUUGAAUGUGAGAAGUGUGGAGAAUCAUUCUAUAAAAAUGAAGACCUAACAGCACAUCAGAAAAUUCACACCAGAGAUAAAACCUACGCAUGCAAAGAAUGUAACAAAAUUUUCUACCACCUCUCCUCUCUCAGUAGACAUUUGAGAACCCAUGCAGGGGAGAAACCCUAUGAAUGUAAUCAGUGUGAGAAAUCAUUCUACCAGAAGCCACACCUCAUGGAACAUCAGAAAACACACACAGGGGAAAA